AUGUCUUCUUCAACAGUUUCCUCAAUAAAUUAUACUUCCAGCAGAAUCUACGUUUAUGUUGGCUUACCAAUUAUCAUUUUUGGAGUUUUAGGUGGUAUAUUGAAUAUAGUCGUUUUUCUUAGUCUUCGAAUCUUUCGACAAAAUUCUUGCGGAAUUUAUUUAAUAACCAUAUCUUUUGUCAACAUCAUUCAGUUGUUAGCUGGUUUUCUCUAUCUGAUUUUCGUUCGAGGACCAUUAAUCGAUGGAAUCGUUAUAAAUGUAGGUAAUUGCACAAUCCGAGUAUAUCUCGUUCAAAUCUGUGCACUCAUUUCCAUGUCAUGCAUUUGUAUGGCUUUACUUGAUCAAUAUAUGGCAACAUCAAAAUAUAAACGAUUACAAGACUGGAGCCAUCGCAAGAUCGCUUACCAUUUAUGUAUUAUUGUUAGUCUCUUUUGGAUAGUUUGUUGUAUUCCUCAUUUGAUAUAUUAUAAUGCCGUAGUUUCAUCAGUAACAAACAUAGCUGUUUGUGUGAUUACAAAUAGCAUUUUUCAAAGUUAUGUUAAUCGCUUUUAUACACCAGUUUUGUUGAAUACAUUUCCUCUUUUGUUUAUCAUUACUUUCGGCUUAAUGAUUUAUAGUAAUAUGAAACAGAUGUCUUAUCGAACAGCACCUCUUGUUCGUCGUCAACAUGAAAUUCAAAUAACAUCAAUGAUUCUUACACAAGCGUUGAUCAGUGUUUUACUAAUCACGCCUUUCUUUAUCUUAACUACAUUGACAAAUUACGAAAUGAUAACAAUGCAGCAUCUAUUCUUAUUCUUCGUCGUAGUACACACAAUAGUUUGUGCAUCAAAUAAGAAUGAUCGUCGUGGUUCAAUGAUGUCACACGAAAUACUACAUGGCAGAACAACAUGGUCAUCCAAAGGUAAAGUAAUCGCUGGAGGUCACGGUCCGGGAAAUGCUCUCAACCAAUUGAAUUCUUCGUAUGGGAUUUUUGUGCAGUUGAAUGAUGAUCUUUUUAUUAGUGACUACUCUAAUAAUCGAGUAGUGAAAUGGGAAAAGGAUGCGACUACUGGCAUCCUCUAUGCUGGAGGUCAAUGUGGAAUCGACAAUCAUGACCAUUUGUGUCAUCCUACUGCUUUGACAUUUGAUAGAGAGGGAACGAUGUAUGUCACCGUAGAAAAUGGUACAAAUGGAGGAGUGGUACGAAAGAAGUCAGGAGCUACUACAACCGAGAUGUUCAUUAUGACGAAUUCGUCUUUGUAUGGCAUUGUUUGGGACGAAAAGGAGGAAUUUCUUUAUCUUGGACAUCAUCGUGAACAUCAAGUUAGCAAAUAUACAAAAGAUGGACAAUUCGUCGCUAUCGUUGCUGGAGGACAUGGUCGUGGAGCAGCUCUCAAUCAACUUGAUUAUCCCCGAGGUGUUGCAGUAGAUCAAGAUGGAUCUGUCUAUGUCGCAGAUUCGAAUAAUGAACGUAUCAUAAAAUGGGAGGCAAAUGCUAAGGAAGGAGUAGUCGUUUUUGGUGGUCACGGUAUAGGAAACCGAACAGAUCAAUUAAACGUACCAGCUGCGCUUCUGCGCGACAAAACUGGAACAAUAUAUGUAGUGGAUGAGCGUAACGAUCGGAUUCUUGCAGUAUCGCCCGGCAUACAAGAUGCUACCAUCAUCGCAGGCGGUAACAGUCAGCUAAAUCGUCCUAUCUAUCUGGCGUUUAACUCAAAACUAGAUCUGUACAUCAGUGACACAGAUAACUUUCAAAUUCAACUGUUUCCAGUAGAAGAUGCUCCAAGUGGUGCUGGUAUUAACAUUCUUAUCAGUAACUGGAGAUUGUUAUUUUGUUUUCUGACAACAAUAGUUUUAUUGAAGACGUCAGUGUCUGUCUAA